CCGUUAACUAACACAACACAAUGCUUGCCACAACAAAACCGGUAUCAAAUCCUCCCACUCCACCUCUAUUUUCAUCGGAUUCCAAACAUUCCCAAAUCAUCUCCAUCAACCGCCGCAAUCUUCUAGCUUCCCUCUCCUUAACUCUCGCUCCAUUUCUCACACUUGAUGAAUUCAAGAACCACUCACAAUAUGCACACGCCCGUGGCCUCUUCCAAAUGCCCCCUGUUCGCCUCGUAAACAGGUACUAUUUGGUGAGAGCAGGGGAGUCUCAGUAUGAGGGUUUGGGCAUAAUCAACACGAAUCCGGUUGCGAAAACAUCGGUGGAUAAUGGGCUGUCUGAGAAAGGGAUCAAGCAGACAGUGAGGGCUGCACUGGAGUUGAAAUCAAUAGGGGCAUGUGAAAGCAAUUGCUGGAUUUGGCCUUCUAUUACUCAGAGGGCUUAUCAGGCUGCUGAGAUUAUUGCUUCUAUUAAUGGCAUUUCUAGAAGUUAUAUAGUACCCGAAUACAGCUUCUUGGAUGCUCGUGGAUUGGGCGCGUACGAAGGGAAAAAACUAGAUUCAGUUUCAGAGGUAUAUGCCUCGGAUAGCCUCUCCCCGAACAUUAAGCCACCACCAGUAAGCGAUGGAACACCAAACGAGAGCGUUCAGGAUGUGUUUGUUCGCGUGACACAGCUCAUGUCGAUUCUUGAGACUCAAUACUCUGGAAACACGGUGGUUAUAGUCUCCCCGGAUUCAGACAACUUGUCGGUGCUGCAAGCCGGGAUGGUUGGCCUUGAACUACGAAGGCAUAUGGAUCUUGCUUUUGGUCCAGGUGAAGUGAGGCUUGUUGAUGCAAGCAGCAUACCAGCCUACAAACAGCCUGCAUCUGCAGUUUACAAGUGCUUCAAUCCUCCUAACUGCACUUGAGAGUUGCUCGAAUUCGUGUUGUUAUUGUAGAUACUACUUCUGAUGAAAUAUGAGUUCUGGCUUUUUAUA